CGCCGCGGGAGGUCGAGAGGACGCAGGCGUCCUGGGCCGAGGCGCGACAGCUGGCGGCCUUCCUGGCGGUGGCGCGGCCGAUCGACCGGCUUCGCGUGGUCCUCGCGGCUGAGCGCGCCGCCGAGGGGGACUCCAGGCUGGCGCCAGUGGCGUCGCUGCUCCGAGAGGAGGCCGACCUGUUCGCGCCCGGGGCGCCCCUCCCGAGCAUCGACGGGGAGUGGGAGUGCCUGGUCGACUACUACACGAGCGGCGAGCUCGUUCCCAUCAGGAUGAGCAUCAGUGGUGCGGGCGGACAGUACGAGGUCGAUGGUGAGAGCAAGCCCCUCUCGGAGAUCGCC